GAUUAUGCAAUCCCGGACUGUCCGCAAACCGUCCGCGGCUUCCGGUCUGACUGGCCCUGACAGAAGAGCGCGUCACAAGUCACGUGAUCCAGCUGUCUGGGACCGUCCGAGAUUUCGCUCGAAGCACCGCAACCGGAAGUGACUCUCCUGGCUGCCGUCGUCUGCUCUUCGCUACUCGUAGAUAGCCAUUCUCAGACAGUGUUCCAAGCAGUCAGCCGUGUUCUUUUCGCACGCAUGUCGUUUGCAGAAAUGGCAGGCGAUUUAAAUCUCGCUGCUGCUUUCAUUGACGAGCUCGCGUUCGACUCGGACGACGCUUUUGAGUUUGAGUAUGAUGAGGAUGAGGAGGCAACUGACCUUUUCGUCGCCUCCGUGACAUCUCCCCUCCUAGCAAGAGACGAAAGGAACCGAGUGCCAUUCUACGUGGAAAGCGUCGUGUCGCAUUACAUGGACUUUGAAUUCAUGAAGCUGUUUAGGCUGUCGCGAAGUACGGCGGCAACUCUCACUGCUGAGUUUGAAGCUUCUGCGCACUACCCGGAAGGCUGUCGCGGAAGGCCGAAGAUCUCAGCCGAGAAGACAAUGCUUAUCGCGUUAAAGUACCUGGGCACUCAAGCGUCAAUGUACAGCAUUGCUGACAAAUUCGACGUGAGUGAGUCGACAGUGCACAGUGCAAUUUGCCGCAUUCUUGGGUUCCUGCUCUCAAUCAGCGCGCGAGAAAUUCACUGGCCGGAUCACGAUGAAGGAGCGCGGAACAAACGCGCAUUUCAGGCUCUAUAUCGCCACCAAGGAUGCGGAGCUGGCCUUCCAGAUGUAAUCGGGGCCAUCGACGGCUGCCAUAUCCGCAUUGUUAGACCCACGGAGCGCGAGGAAGAUUACUACAAUCGCAAGAAAUUUCACUCCAUCAUCCUCCAGGGCAUCUGCAAUGCAGACAUGGUGUUCACCGACGUGUUCGUCGGCUACCCUGGGAGAGAGCCCACGACGCCCGAGUGCUGGAAGAAAGCUUCUUCUUUGAGAACGCCACGGCGAAGUGUGAAGGAGGCUACAUCUUGGGUGAUGCAGCUUAUCCACUGCUGCCCUGGUUGCUGCCACCCUACCGACAGUGCACGGGAAACUGGCAGCCUUGGAUGGAGAAAUUCAACGCCGUUCACAGUAGGCAGAGGGUGGUUAUUGAAGGCACGUUUGGGAUUCUGAAGGCACGAUUCCAGCGUCUGGCCUACAUCGAUGUUGCGUCAAUUGAAAAGGCAGUGGAGAUUGUCAUGGCAGCCUGUGUAUUGCACAAUAUCAGCAUGAAAUGUGCUGACGAAAUGCAGGAUGUGGAAGGAGUAGACAGUGGCACAGAUGUUUCACCGACAGAUCCACUAAAUGCGCAGCAGAUGUCCUCCCUGGCAGCC